CUGCCCCUCCCGGGCUCUCUGCUCCCACUGGGCACAUGCUGAUGCCCCUGAGUGGGCUGCUUUGGUGGUGGUGCUGCUGCUACUGCUGUGCCUGGUACCGCUUUGGACUGUGCACCCCAGCUCCCCAGAUGUUGCGCCACCAGGGUCUCCUCAAGUGCCGCUGCCGCAUGCUCUUCAAUGACCUGAAGGUUUUCCUACUUCGGCGCCCCCCUCCAGCACCCCUGCCCAUGCACGGAGACCCCCAGCCCCCAGGUUUGACCGCCAACAACAAUACCCUUCCGGCUCUGGGUGCCGGGGGGUGGGCAGGCUGGAGGGGCCCUCGAGAAGGGGUGGGCAGGGAGACCCCUCCUCUGCCACCUCCACCACCUUUGCCACCUUCUUCUGUGGAAGAUGACUGGGGUGUCCCAGCCACGGAGCCACCUGCCUCACUGCUCAGCAGUGCCUCCUCAAAUGACUUCUGUAAGGGGAAGGCUGAGGACUGCUACUCACUGGGCAGCAGCCUGGACAGUGGCAUGAGGACCCCGCUGUGCCGCAUCUGCUUCCAGGGGCCAGAACAGGGGGAGCUGCUGAGCCCGUGCCGCUGCGAUGGCUCCGUCAAGUGUACCCACCAGCCUUGCCUCAUCAAGUGGAUCAGCGAGCGCGGCUGCUGGAGCUGUGAGCUGUGCUACUACAAGUACCACGUCAUUGCCAUAAGCACAAAGAACCCUCUGCAGUGGCAGGCCAUCUCUCUGACAGUCAUUGAGAAGGUGCAGAUUGCAGCCGCCAUCCUGGGUUCCCUCUUCCUCAUCGCCAGUAUCUCUUGGCUCAUCUGGUCAACUUUCAGUCCCUCGGCAAAAUGGCAGCGCCAAGACCUCCUCUUCCAGAUCUGCUACGGGAUGUAUGGGUUCAUGGACGUGGUGUGCAUUGGUCUCAUCAUCCACGAGGGACCCUCUGUGUACCGCAUCUUUAAACGGUGGCAGGCUGUCAACCAGCAGUGGAAAGUGUUGAACUAUGACAAGACAAAAGACCUGGAGGAUCAAAAGUCAGGAGGCAGGACAAACCCCCGGACCUCCUCGUCCACCCAGGCCAAUGGCCUCUCUUCGGAAGAGGAGGCUGCGGACACCCCUGCCCCCGAGGAAGGCCCUGCCCGGGCAGCCAGCCAGCCCUCAGGCCCUCCCUCUGAUCACCACUGUGCUUACACCAUCCUGCACAUCUUGAGUCACCUAAGACCUCAUGAACAGCGGAGCCCCCAGGGCGGCAGCCGAGAGCUCGUCAUGAGGGUCACAACAGUGUGAAAGGAGUGCCUGGAAGGGCAGCCGUGACCAUGCACAACAGCGGAGGGUGGGCU